UUCACAUUUAUGUAUUCGUGCUGUUAAUACCAGUGCUGUUAUUACCAGUGGAUCUUAGGACGCAGCUUUAACCUUUCAAGUAUAGUGAGACUUGAUUACAGAAAAGCAAAAGAGACUACAAGUAAUUGCAAACCUGACUACAAGGAAACAAAAACUUCUUUAAAAAAAGAUAACCAUGAAAGAAAUUCAAGUAUAUGAUUUUCAAAAAGUAUCUAUUAAUAUACUGAACGAUGAUUGCUUAAAACAUAUUUUUAAAUAUUUACCAAUUAUUGACAAAAUGCGUAUAGAAAGAGUGUGCAAACGUUGGAAAAUAUUAAGUCAAGAUUCUUGGUAUACAAUGAAGGAGAUAGAUACUUCAUGGACAUACGAAUUACCAGAUUUUGUAAGAUAUCAUCGAUUCACUAAAAUUAUACUGAUGAAAAUGGAGAAAAUGUUACCAAGAUAUGGCAAAUUUAUAACAGAAUUACAUCUGUCCCAUCCAGUAACAAUGACAGGUUACACUAUAUUAAAUUUUAACGAAAAAGUAUUUAAAACAGUCAUGAAAUAUUGUUCCAAUCUUACUAAUAUUAAUGUUUCUGCAACAAUUGAAAAAAAUGAUCAAUUCUUUAUGGGCAAAUGUAAAAAAAUAACUAGGCUUACUUUGGGAGUGUCUUACGAGUUAGAUGAACAAAAAAUAUUUUUCCAAGAAUUUUCACAGCUCAACUAUUUGCAAAUAUUUCAUAAUUAUGACUUUAAGGGUAAAUGUCUAUCAUAUUUGCCAGCCCAGACAAUGCGCACUCUUAUAUUAAGAUGUUGCUGGAACAUUGACGAUAUUAUAUUUUCUCAGGGAUUGGCAAAGCUUGAAAAUUUAGAACAUCUUGAGAUAACUUGUUCUACUGUUGGUAAUGAAAUAAUGAGAACUAUCAACAAAUAUUGCAAAAAGCUAAAAAUAUUACAAAUUCACCAAUACAAAAUGUUUCCACAAAAAGCGGCUGCGUCAGAAUUUACUAAUCUUAUUAACUUGGAAACACUAAAAAUGACAUACUUUCCAUUUUUACCCCACCAUUUCACUGAGAUAGCAAUGAAUUGUCAACAGAUUAUUUCUCUAGAUAUUUCUGGUAGCUCCGUUUGUGACGAUACUGCACUAAGAACUAUUGCAACAUUACCAAAAUUAGAAUAUUUAAAUAUUAGUUUUGUGCUUGGAAUUACCGAUAAUGGUUUGAAAAACCUAAAGAACCUAAAAGGAUUGGAGUGUAGUGGAUGUGAAAACAUAACAGACAAUGGGAUAUGCGAAAUUCUUGUAUCCUCACCUCAAUUACAACUACUAGAUCUUUCCUUUUGUAGUAGGAUUACAAACAAUAUUUUCAAAGUUGCUAAAGUAAUUCGUGAUAAUGAACCUAGUAAAAUGGUACUAAAAAUUUAUAUUUCGGGAACACAAAUUGUUGUAACAGAUGAAUAUAAGGUGCAUCCGGCAAUACAACUGAUCACUUUCGGAAAGCUUCCAGUAACAUAUAUGCCUUUGAGACAUUUCAAAAAGCAAUGUGCGUUCUAUAGAAACUGGAGAGAACAGACAAGAAUGAGAGAGGCCAUCUUGAAAAAGUCAACGUGUGGUUAUCCGUUUGAUCAAACUUGUUGGUGUAAUUAUCAAUAAUUUGAUUUAUUUUGUUUGUUUAAUUAAUAAGUUAAUUUGAAUAAGAUUUUUUUGUUUUUGUUUUGCCA